AUGUCUUUCAAGGCAAGAAGCAAUUUUGAAUUCGCUCUUAUAAACUUCAACAAUUCAGCUACAAAAGUUUACAGUCCACCAUUUGCUACUUCGUUUGAUACAUUUUGGCAAUUGAAAUUUAAACCAACAUCAAAAGAAAAUCCCGAGUAUUGUUCUGUGUAUCUUGUAGCAAUUCCAAGUCAUGAAGAAGGUGGGAAAACAUCUAUAUGGACAAAUCGUGCUACUUAUUCUGCCAAUAUUUAUAUUAAACAUCCAGAAACUUUCCUUGAAAUAAAAAAAGCAACUUUAGACACUACAAAAUUCUCUGCCAUAAAACCAUUAAGAGGUUGGAACCGUUUUUGUAAAAAACAACUACUACCUUCUGAUCAAAUAAUACUUGGGAUUGAAUUUGAUAAAACAGAAUUUGGUACUCGUGACGAAAAACCUAUAUUUCCUGGUAAUGGUAAGCCUUUUCCUGAUGAUUUGGUUACUGCUUGGACAGAUCAAUUGAACAAAGCAGAGUAUGCUGAUGUAGAAUUCAUAGUACAAGACAAAUCAAUAUACGCAAAUACUGCAAUCCUCACUAAAAGGUCAGAAUAUUUUCAAAGAAUGUUUGAAGGCAAAUGGAUGGAAUCCAUCACUCAAAAUCAAAACGAUGAUAAUAAUAAUAAUCUUGACAACAGCACUGGUGCCAAUAAUAAUAUUGUUAAUGACAUCGAUCACACUAAUCAUAUUAUUCAAGAGAGCAGUACCAGUACUAUUAUCAAUGUCACAGAUUUUCACCCCGACACCUUUUUAGAAAUGUUAAGGUUUCUAUACACUAAUCGUGUCACAUUUGGCCCAAAAGAUUCUCCAACAUCUGCCGUAAACCUUUUCAAAAUUGCAGACAAAUAUCUGAUAGAAAAUCUACAACAACAUGCAAAAGUUAAGCUUUGUAGAGGUGUCAACAUCAAUAAUGCUGCAGAAUUCCUAUUCAGUACUGCUUGGCAAUACGACGAAUUAAGAGAUCAUGUAAUGAAUUAUGUUGUUCAAAAUUUUCAAUCUGUUUCAAAAACAGAAGGCUUCAAAAUCAUUACAUCAAAUACUUCAAAAUAUCCAUUAUUUCACGAUUUGUUAACUGAAAUUUUACAUAAAUUUUUUGAUGGUGAUUCUGAUGGUAUUGAUAGUUGUUGA